AGCUAACACGUCUGAGGGAACGAGUGGGUUAUAUGGCCGAAAGAUCACGGGAGUGUCGCCGUGGGACGAAAAUCGCUCAGAAGCGGACUAAGCGAGGGACAAGAAGGCGAGCACACGGGCUGGAGCCUCAUAAAAUGAGUGUUUGCUCUUUGCGACAUGUGCUUGUUCUUUGCCUCUAGAAGCGUGUGAACGGUGUUUUAACGGCUAUUAAUAUUUACAUAAUCGGGAGCGUUCUGGAUCGCGUGCGCGCGCUCGCUCUAGCCUGGCCGUGAGACCACGUUGCUAUUCGAGUAGCUAAAUAAACACCGUAACUUGUCUUGUUCCAGAUUCGCUUAUUGGGACUAGCUGUUAAACAUACAUCCGCGUGUGUUGGCAUUUUCCUUUUUUCUCAUUUUUCGCCAUUCAGGAAAACAAGUUAUACAACAGGGAAGGAAGGGACGUGCAAGUGAAAGUCCAGUCCUAAAGCCCGUCGAGUAUCCGGCUCCAGGCGAGCUUACUCGAGUCCAAAUGAUUCAGCUGGGGCCGCUGUUCACAUCCCUCGUCAUGAUGGAAAGCGUUUUGUUAGAGCAAGGAUAAUUUUUCAUUCCUAAGGAAUUUUAACACGUUUCUACACAUUUAACCUCGUGUUACAACGUAAAACUGCGAUUUUUCCUCCAUUGAACCCCUUUGUGACAGUUUGCGGAGACUUUUUGUUGUGACCGAGAUCGCGUCAAAGCAUUACAUUCUUAAGGGACUUGUCCAGUGAAGUAAUGGUCGUAAAUACGAUCCACUGGUUCAGGAAGGGCUUGAGGCUCCACGACAAUCCUUCCCUCAGAGAGUCCAUCCAGGGAGCAGACACUGUUCGUUGUGUGUAUAUCCUUGAUCCCUGGUUUGCAGGAUCGUCCAACGUUGGAAUCAACAGGUGGAGGUUCUUACUGCAGUGUCUGGAGGACUUGGAUGCCAGCCUCCGCAAACUCAACUCCCGCCUGUUUGUUAUUCGGGGCCAGCCCACUGAUGUCUUCCCCAGACUUUUCAAAGAGUGGAACAUUACUCGUCUGUCUUAUGAGUAUGACUCUGAGCCUUUUGGGAAGGAGCGAGAUGCAGCCAUUAAGAAGCUGGCCAGUGAGGCAGGCGUGGAGGUGACAGUACGCAUCUCCCACACGCUCUACGAUCUGGACAAGAUCAUAGAGCUCAAUGGCGGUCAGUCUCCACUCACCUACAAGCGCUUCCAGACGCUCAUCAGCAGGAUGGAGGCGGUGGAGACUCCAGCUGAAGCUAUCACAGCAGAAGUCAUGGGCUCCUGCACUACACCGCUUUCUGAUGACCACGAUGAGAAGUUUGGGGUUCCCUCCCUGGAGGAGCUUGGUUUUGACACAGAGGGGCUCUCUUCAGCUGUGUGGCCUGGAGGAGAGACAGAAGCUCUCACACGCCUUGAGAGGCACCUGGAGAGAAAGGCAUGGGUGGCCAAUUUUGAACGUCCCAGAAUGAAUGCCAACUCCCUGUUGGCCAGUCCCACUGGUCUCAGCCCCUACCUGAGGUUUGGCUGCCUCUCAUGCCGACUCUUUUACUUCAAACUCACUGACCUGUACAGGAAGGUGAAGAAAAACAGUUCGCCCCCUCUAUCUCUCUAUGGCCAGCUGCUGUGGCGAGAGUUCUUCUACACAGCCGCCACCAACAAUCCACGCUUCGACAAGAUGGAGGGCAACCCCAUCUGCGUGCAGAUCCCCUGGGACCGCAACCCAGAGGCGCUGGCCAAAUGGGCAGAGGGCAGGACAGGCUUCCCCUGGAUUGACGCUAUCAUGACUCAGCUGAGGCAAGAGGGCUGGAUACACCACCUGGCCCGACAUGCUGUAGCCUGCUUCCUCACUCGUGGAGACCUGUGGAUCAGCUGGGAGGAGGGCAUGAAGGUGUUUGAGGAGCUGUUGCUGGACGCAGACUGGAGUGUGAACGCAGGCAGCUGGAUGUGGCUUUCCUGCAGCUCCUUCUUCCAGCAGUUCUUCCACUGUUACUGCCCAGUGGGCUUCGGCCGCCGCACGGACCCCAAUGGCGACUACAUACGGCGAUACUUACCAAUCCUGAGAGGAUUUCCUGCCAAGUACAUCUAUGAUCCCUGGAAUGCCCCAGAAAGUGUGCAGAAAGCAGCCAAAUGUGUGAUUGGUGUGCACUACCCCAAACCAAUGGUACACCAUGCAGAGGCUAGCCGCCUCAACAUUGAACGCAUGAAGCAGAUCUACCAGCAGCUGUCAUGCUAUAGAGGCCUGGGUUUGCUGGCGACGGUCCCCUCCAACCCAAACGGAAAUGGGGAAAACUCUACGAGCAUGAUGGGUCUCCCACCUUCAGAGACCACCCAAGAGGCUGCUGCAUCUUCAGGAUACCAAAUGGCUGCAAAUCCUCAAGGGGAGUGGCACAGUGGGAUGAUGAUGUACCCCCAAGUAGACACACAACCCAGCAGCAGCACACAACAAGGUUAUUCUGGCAGCACUGGUGGAAUGAUGUGCUAUAGGCAAGAAGCUCAGCAGAUACCUGGUCCUGUGCUACAGCAAGGGCGGGGCCUUCACUCCAGCACCACUCAGAUCUCGGGGAAACGACACAGUGAAGAGUCUGGACCCACAACGGGCUCAAAAGUGCAGAGACAGUGCAGUCCUUAAACAGUCUAAACAGGCUGAAGUUCUCAGAUGUGGCGUUUUGACCUGGAGCAGCUGUAGCUCACCUGUUACACACAUGCAUAUACAUUUAUGAUGUUGGGUUUUAUUUGGGUUGUUUUUCCCAGGAAGGUUGUGAGUAUUAGGAGUGCAUGAUCCUCUCUGUAAGCACGUCCACACAUUUUUAAUCAAUGGGACUUUAUGAUAUUAUCACUUGGACUAGACCCCCUGCUGAUACCAGCGUCCUGAUCAUCUUUGGAAAAACGUGGUUCACUGCCACACUAUUCUGUCAAUGUUGAUGAGUGUUAGGACUCUUCUUGGGACAGAAAUCUUUCUGUAUAUAAGAAUUUGUUGAAUACUCACAUACAAACUGUACAUAUUUGAUAUUGUAUGUGUUUUCUCUAUUUCAUGUAGUCAUAGACCCAUUGAUAUAUUUUUGAUAUUAAUAAUCAUUGUGGAUCGACUGUAACCUGUUCUUUUUUGCAGAUGUGAACAUUAAAGAGCAUUUGUAGUCUGUCCAUUCAGUACAUGGUGAGGCUUCUCUCAGUCUGCUUGCUUCAAUGUCUCCCUUACUCUCCUUAAUUCUCUCUCUCUCUCUCUCUCUCUCUCUCUCUCUCUCUCUCUCUCUCUCUCUCUCUCUCUCUCUUUCUUUACUCCGUUUCACCUGACUGGUUUCUGUUCCAGCUUUUUUGUCACUCUUUAGUCUCUCAUCAUCGUUUCUCCUUUCUGUUUGUCUUCCCUCUCUUCUGUCUCCUCAUAUGGUUGUCAUCAUUGUACACUAAAUUGGGGUGUUAUCACUUUGUGCUUCUUGUCCACUCAUGUUGUGCUUUUAAAUAAAGUGUAAAUGUAU